GGUGUCGGCAAUGAACCAUUUCAACUUGAAUCAAUCGAACCUUUACCAGAAUAUGUCAAGCCUGGAGAGAACGUCACCGUUAUUGUAAAGGGAACAGUUACAGAAAAGAUUGAAGAUGGUGCUUAUGCUGAGAUCACAGUCAAAGUGGGACUGGUUAAGCUUUUACGUAAAACAUUUGAUAUUUGUGAAGAAUUAAAAAAAAACAGAGAUAACGUCAACAUUCAAUGUCCUAUCGAAAAGGGUCCAAUCGAGAUUAAAGCAACAGCUAGCUUACCAAGAGAAAUACCAGCGGCGAAAUUCGUAGUUGCUGCUCUUGCGUUCACUGCAGAUGAUGACGAUUUAGCCUGUGUUAACCUUUCGGUUGAUUUCAGGCCAAGACGUCCCAAAGUAAGAAGUAUCUGGAGUAACAAUUAA